AUGAGAGAAGAAUAUUCGAUAUCAAUAGUGGGUAAAACGGCGUCUGGUAUUCCCUCAACGAAUAAGCAUGACGGGAAAUCAUUAGAGUUCCGUCAGAGUGGACAUAAAUGGUAUUCGCAAGACGGAAGGCAUUUUGAUGCUUUGGAAAAUUACAACGAAAGUCUGUGCUUCGCCGAGGAAAAUUCAGAAAACCUUGGCUUAAGUUAUGCCAGCCGCGCAGCCGUCUAUUAUGAUUGGAAAUUAAACCAGUUGUGUCAUGAAAACAUUCAAUUGGCAAAAAAAUCUGGUUAUCCUGACCGUUUAAAAAAUGAACUAGUGACGCUGCAGACCAAAUGCAAGAAGAAACUGAAACGGUCGAAAAAGAAUUUGAAAAAUAGUCCGAUAUUUGAACCUACACUUAGUUUCAAACCCCAUGACCAUGUACCGUUCAUCGCAGAUUGUUUGGACAUUCGAAGAAAUAAGAAGUACGGCAGAUACAUCAUAACAAAUCGAAAUCUAUCUACCGGUCAAAUUUUAGCAAUUGAAGAUCGUUACUUUUCAGUUCUUCUGCCAAAAUUGCGAUACCAAAGGUGUGCCAAUUGCUUAACAGAAAACUGUUUGAGUUUGAUUCCUUGCCGAAAUUGUACCGGCGCAAUGUUUUGCAGCCAAUACUGCUACGACGAAGCGAACCAAUCGUUUCAUCAAUUCGAAUGUCCUAUUAUUGAUUUCCUUCAUGAAACAUGCAAUCGCACUCAAUUAAUAGCAUUACGAGCUGCUAUCUAUGCUAUCACCAGUUACGAUUCAUUAGAUGAGUUGAAGAAAGAUAUGUCAAACAUUGAUAACAUUGAGGUCACUGCAUUUUCUUGUGAAUAUCCAACCACGUCUAAAAAGGAGCAAUUUUUGAAGAUUCUCUCAUUCCCUACAAAGCAAGCAGAACGAUCCACAGAAGAUCUAUUC